AUUAUUAUUACUUUGAUCAAGUGUAGAAGUUGUGAAUGAUAAAUGAUUAAGUUUAAUGUUUGACUCAGCACAAAUGUUUUUUUUAUUUUUUAUCCUUUGCUAAAGGUAUUCAAGACCAACUGGAAAUUAGAGGAAACUAUAGAGUUUCAUAAUCAUAAUGGGGAAUUUAAGGAAGUACUUGCAGUCAACCAGACUACAAUAACACUCUAAGGUGCUCCUAUUCACAACUGAUACGUGCAUGGAGACAGUGGACAGAUUUCUAAUACAACAUUUAAACUUUUUUGUGAUUUUCAGUGUAAUUUCAUGAAUUAUGGUUAUUGCCUAGCAUUCUUUUUUUCCUACACUGAAUUCAGUGUUUGAAAUAUAGUUUCAUAUGAGGAAACAAACCAGUUUUGAUCUUUCUUACAGAUUAAUGUUUUUUCAUACAUUCAGUGGGUUACCAAUGUGCCAAAAAGUCACUCUCCUGAUUACCCAACAAGGAUUAGGCUAGAGUUUGGCAACAUUGGUGCAGGGAGGGAGCACUAAUGGCACAAGAAUAUGCAAGGAUCCUUAACCUCUACUGAAGUACACAUAUCCAAGACACAGAACUAUUGUCCUUGAUGAAACAGUCUUGGUUAACCUGCCAUCCCCAAUGGAAGUGCCAUCAUAGACACAAGAUACUGUGGCUCGAACUGCUGCACAGUUUUUUGAGCUACAGCCUUGGAAGAAGCAUUUCAGCUUUGGGUUGAACCUGAAGGUGGACAUGGGAUCCCAAGCUCUUCAGAUAUUGCGGCAGGGUGUGUGGGCUUCACUCACAGGAGGCUGGUAUGUGGACCCCCAUCAGAGCACGUUCUCCAACUGCUUCCACCUCUACCUUUGGAUAUUUCUUCUGGCCUUCCCCUUUCUGCUGUACAUGGCUCUUCCUCCUAGCUUGGUGGUAGCAGGUGCCUACUCUGCUGUGGUGGCAGUCUUUUUCACAGCCAUUAAGGCGGUGAACUACCGGCUUCAUGCUAUGUUUGAUCUUGGGGAGAUUGUAGAGAAGAAGCAGGCCUCACUCUCAGCUGAAGCCCCAAGGACAGAAGAGGGAGAUGAAGGCUCAGGUGUCCACGAUGGGAAUCAGCACAGUCAUGUUGGUGUAGAGAUGACUGUGUUUCGGAAGGUCAACUCAACACCCCCGGUGCGCUGUAGCUCCCAGCACUCGCUCUUUGGAUUGAACCAGGUGUCGGAGUUCUUGCCCCAGUUGGAGGAUACAGGGGGCACUAAGGAUAUCAAAGAGCUAAUGCGGGAACAAGGAAGCAAUAAUGUGAUUGUUACAUCAGCUCACCGUGAGAUCCUACGCCAGAGUUCCCAGGACACCAUUAGAGCCCCCGGUGUGGUCCAGUCCUGCAUUGUUGCUGGUCUGGGAGGUGAUUUCCCAGGUCUCAUGGGAGUAUCUGGAGUGUCAGCUGGAUUUGGAGAACCUGGAGACUGCUUGUCUAUUCCCCCUUCACCGUCCAGUCAAGAAGAUGGAGGCGAGAAAGAACAGUUGCAGGAGGUGGAGGAGUUACCAGAACAAUUGUCUCAACGGAGUCCUGAGGACAAUGGGUUGGGGGCUUAUUCACCCCUUGGCCCCUCUGCUGAAUCUGAGAGCCUGGGGGAUACUCCCCUUAGCCCCCUUAUAAAGAGCAGCUUAAGUGAGGAGCUGAGUGAAAAUCUCCUGGGUCUGGGCCUUGACCCUGUGGCGUUUGCACCUGGGACUGAGCACCCAGGCAGCCGCAGUGGGAUGGCACUAGCUGCUGGAUCUACGGACAGCUGUUUCAGUGCAGGUGGAGCCACCACAGACCGUGAGACGCUAAGCACUGUUAGCAGUUACCGCAGUGAAAAAACUGAUUCCACUCAGCUGGAAAGCCCUUCAUUCAGCCAGCCACGGCCUGCAGACGGACAGUCAUCUGCCUUAGCAAAAGGGAUAUGCUCUAACAUCCCUGAGCCCACAGAUGAUCUGGCAGGACAGGGUGGCAGUGAUACAGACAACCUGUCAGACAGUGUGUUACUGCGCUCCCCUUCCAAAGACUUCUCCCUCAGCCAGGGGCUAGACAGGACACUUGUUGAAGGAGAGGAUUUGCCCCCUGUACCCUCUGAUAUUGCACAGCCCCUUCCUCUCCAGAACUCUUCCCCUUCAAGUAGUGGCCACUCAGAGGUUUGUGAUUUGGACAGAAAUGUCAUGGUUCCUCCUCUACCCCCACCUCGACAGGCCAAUUCAGUGCCCUCAGGGCUGGCCCUGGGUCUAGUGUGUUCUGAGCCUGCUUUGCCCAUAUCCUCCACCCCCUUCUUACUGUCUGACCAGCCUGCUCUGCAAGCCCAGCAGGUUGUGCGCCCUAAAGACUUAAAGCUGCUGCGGGCCAGCGGAAGUAGUGUGGGGCACAGGCCAGGCAGAAGGAAAGCUCCACGAAGGCGAGCUGGAGCAGGGAGCAGUAGUUUUGACUGUGGCUCUUACAGGCGUCACCACAAUCAUAGACAACACAGAGAUUACAUCCCAGUGCGCAACCGACUGGGCGCCAAGGCAUACAGUGAAAGUCUGUUUGAGGAUUCCAGUGACGAGGACGAUGGCAGUGACAUGAGCGCUGGUUCUAGUCUGGGUUCCCAGCGUCGAUACAGCUCAGACGAUGAUGACGAUGAUGAUGAUGACUCAAGUUCCUCUACCUCCUGCUACUCCCCAGACCUCGCUAACACUGGCAUUACAUCCCCACUCCCCCCUGCUGCUCAACUGCCCACUCCAAGGGAAGGGGAUUUACCUGAAACUGCUGGCCCCUCUCAUUCUCGCGCUGCUCAGCGCUCCUCCAGCACAGCUAGUGCUAAGACUCAUGCAAGAGUGCUAAGUAUGGAUGGGGCAGGUGGAGGCCAGAGCAACACGACAGCUCUGCCUUCUACUCUGCUUACAAUGCCCUCCACCUCCACCCCUGCACCUCGAACUCUCACCAUCUCUAAGUCUGAUCUGGAAGCCCGCACUAUUCAUACUGAUGGCUUCCCUGGAACUCAUCAUCAUCGACUGGAUUCUCUUGGAGGUUCUUGGACUGGCAACCAGAUGGGCUGGAGGGCAGGAGAGCUAGUUGAAGAGGGAGCUGUGGGAGGCGCCAUGGCUCCAGAGGAUAUGGGCAAGCAGGACACAGUCAGCAGUGUAAAGAGGACCCAAGCCAUCCGCAGGAGACACAAUGCUGGGAGCAACCCUACACCACCCCCGUCCACCAUGGGAUCCCCGCCCAGCCUGCAGGACCUCCAGCGGGCUCGGACCUCCUCUCAUUCACGGACUCGCACACUUCCUUCAGCCUUACAGUUUGCUUCCUCGCUCUUACUGCCCCGCAGUGGCAUCCACGAGGCCUCCACCUUCGACGACACGUCAGAGGGAGCAGUGCACUACUUCUAUGACGAGAGUGGAGUGAAGAGGUCCUACACAUUUGGACCUGCUGGAGGCGGUUAUGAGGAUCCAGUUCAGGAAAGAGAGAGGCAGUCCCAGUCCUCAAGCUUCACCUCCACUGAGGUCCAGGAAGGGGCACCAGUCCUGUCCAUGCUCCAGCCCAGACCUGUGGUUUUACAGGGCAUGCAGGUGCGCAGGGUGCCUCUGGAAAUGCCUGAGUUUGACCUUGAUCAUGAGUCUCUACAAGAGUCCCAGGAAAACACUCUGAUGAUUGAGGAGAAAACCAAACCCAAACAGUACUAUCGCUUUUGGGUGCUGCCCGGGAAGUGGCUGAGGGUUCGAUAUGAUCGACUGGCUCUUCUGGCCUUAUUAGACAGGAACCGCCGUGUGGGAGAGAACGUGUUUGCUGUGGUGCUGGCCAGUCUGGUGGCCUUCCUGGGGUUCCUACUGCUGCUCCGGGGCUUUUUCAGGGACAUCUGGGUCUUCCAGUUCUGCCUGGUCAUUGCUAGCUGCCAGUACUCCUUAUUGAAGAGUGUACAACCAGAUGCAGCCUCUCCCAUGCACGGCCAUAAUUGGAUCAUUGUGUACAGUCGGCCGGUCUACUUCUGCUUGUGCUGUGUGAUGAUCUGGAUCUUUGACCUAUCUGGGAGCUCUGGAAGCCUGCAACCCUUCUCCCUCUAUGGUGUCACCUUCUUCUCUGCGCACUUCCUGCUCUGUGUCAGGGAUAUGCUCAUUGUGUUUGCCUUGUGUUUCCCGGUCAUUUUCCUGUUUGGGUUACUACCUCAGGUCAAUACUUUUGUGAUGUGUCUGCUGGAGCAGAUCGACAUGCACAUUUUUGGUGGAACUGCCACCACCAGCCCUCUCUCAUCUCUAUUCAGCCUCAUACGCAGCGUGUUGGUGGCUGCUCUGCUGUAUGGGUUUUGCCUUGGUGCUAUCAAUGCACCAUGGGGGGAUGCCCAUGUGCCAGUACUGUUCUCUGUGUUUUGUGGCCUACUCCUGGCCUUAUCCUACCACCUCAGCCGCCAAAGCAGUGAUCCCACCAUCCUGUGGUCACUGGUCCGGUCUAAAUUAUUCCCAGAGCUGGAGAACCGAACACCAGAAGAACCCCCUGUGGAGAUCAAGGACCCUCUUCCUGAGAAGCUUCGUAACUCUGUGAAAGAGAUUCUCCAUUCAGACCUCGUCAUGUGCCCCCUCAUGGCGGUGAUUACCUUUGCCAUCAGUGCCAGCACAGUUUUCAUCGCUCUACAACCUGCUCUUAGCUUUGUCUUGUACAUCCUGGCCGGAGUUGUGGGCUUCAUUACACACUAUCUCCUGCCGCAGCUCCGCAAACAGCUGCCAUGGUUCUGCCUGGCUCACCCAGUGCUCCGCUCCAGAGAGUACAGUCAGUUUGAGGUCCGAGAUGCUGCUCAGUUAAUGUGGUUUGAGAAGCUGUAUGCUUGGCUUCAGUGUGUGGAGAAGUAUUUCAUCUACCCAGCUGUGGUGCUUAACUCCCUAACGACUGAGGCUCGAACUGUGGGCCAGAACCACAAAGAGCUGGACAUCUACAGCAGAGCUCUCUUCAUCUCAGUAGCAGGCAUGAAGCUGCUGCGUUCAUCCUUCUGUGCCCCGUCGCAGCAGUACGUCAUGCUGUGCUUCACCACACUCUUCUUCCACUUUGACUAUCCACACUUCUCAGAGACCUUCCUAAUCGACUACUACUUUAUGUCCAUUCUCUUCAGCAAGAUGUGGGACCUGCUGUACAAGCUUCGCUUUGUGUUGACUUAUAUCGCCCCCUGGCAGAUCACCUGGGGCUCAGCCUUCCACGCCUUCGCUCAACCCUUUGCUGUGCCCCAUUCUGCUGUGCUUUUUGUCCAGGCCGUCUUUUCUGCCAUAUUUUCCACCCCUCUCAAUCCUGUCCUAGGCAGUGCUGUGUUUGUCACCUCGUACACCAGACCUGUAAAAUUCUGGGAGCGUGACUACAACACCAAGCGGGUCGAUCAUUCUAACACCAGACUUGCCACUCAAUUAGACCGCAACCCAGGUGCUGAUGACAACAAUCUAAAUUCAAUUUUCUACGAGCACCUGACACGCUCUCUGCAGCACAGCCUGUGUGGAGACUUGUUGCUUGGCCGCUGGGGCAACUACACCACAGGUGACUGCUUCAUCCUCGCCUCGGACUACCUCAACGCUCUGGUGCACAUCAUCGAGAUUGGCAACGGCCUGGUCACCUUCCAGCUGAGAGGUCUAGAGUUCAGAGGUACCUACUGUCAGCAGAGGGAGGUAGAGGCCAUCACAGAGGGGGUGGAGGAGGACGAGGGAUGCUGCUGCUGUGAACCUGGUCACCUGCCCCACAUGCUGUCAUUCAAUGCUGCCUUUGGACAGCGCUGGCUGGCGUGGGAGGUAGCCGCCACCAAGUACGUACUAGAGGGCUACAGCAUCAGCGACAACAAUGCGGCAUCCAUGUUGCAAGUAUUCGACCUUCGGAAGAUCCUCAUUACAUACUACGUCAAGAGCAUCAUCUACUAUGUGAGUCGAUCUUCUAAGCUGGAAGAGUGGCUGACUAAUGAGACGAUUCAGGAGGCUCUGCGGCCAUGUCUCGGGCCUAACUACGUAGACAGUGACCCCACCUUCAAUCUGAACAUCGAUGAGGACUAUGACCACAGGGCUUCUGGCAUAACCCCCUCCUCAUUCUGCAUGGUUUACCUGGACUGGAUUCAGUACUGCAACAGCAGGCGUCAAACGCCAGUUACUUGUGAAAGAGAUUCUCCACUUGUCAACCUCUGUUUUGGGCUGUGUAUCCUGGGAAGAAGAGCUCUGGGCACAGCCUCCCACAGCAUGUCUGCAAGCUUGGAGCCGUUUCUCUAUGGCCUCCAUGCACUCUUCAAGGGAGACUUUCGCAUCACGUCUCCUAGGGACGAAUGGGUGUUUGCAGAUAUGGACCUGCUGAAUCGAGUCGUGGCACCAGGAGUUCGGAUGUCCCUCAAACUGCAUCAGGACCACUUUACAUCUCCAGAUGAGUAUGAGGAUCCGAUGGUUCUCUAUGACGCUAUCACUGCCAACGAGGAGAAGAUGUUGAUAUCACACGAGGGUGACCCUGUGUGGCGCAGCGCUAUUCUAGCGAACAUGCCUUCACUGCUGGCACUGCGCCACAUCAUGGAUGACGGCAGCGACGAGUACAAGAUCAUAAUGCUAAACAAGAGGUUCCUCAGCUUCAGAGUCAUCAAGGUAAACAGAGAGUGUGUACGUGGGCUGUGGGCGGGGCAACAGCAGGAGCUGGUUUUCCUGCGCAAUCGCAACCCAGAGCGUGGCAGCAUUCAAAAUGCCAAACAGGCCCUGAGGAAUAUGAUUAACUCCUCAUGCGACCAGCCCAUUGGCUACCCCAUCUACGUGUCCCCCCUCACCACUUCAUAUGCUGGGGGGCACAGCCAGCUCCGGUCUGUGUGGGGAGGACCCAUCAGCCCACACAACAUUUACACCUGGCUCAUCAGUAGCUGGGACAGGUUACAGAAAGGUUGCGGUGCUGGCUGUAACAGUGGAGGAAAUAUUGAAGACUCGGACUGUGGCGGCGGCUCCACCUCCAUCUCCACCAACCCAGCCGUUCAUACCACCCAGAGUACACCGGCCUCCAGCCUUCCCCAGCCGCACAUCACCACUGUCCAGCCCUCCAUGGGUACAGACAACCCUGUAGGUCCAACCCAGAACUGGCCUCACCAUCCCCAACCUCUUCCAUUAGCCCUGCUCAGCCAAUCAGAGGGCAGGAUGGAGGCAGGCCUGCUCACAUCCUUACAGCGUACAUCCUCCAUCCAGGGGCUCCUGGGCCAGCAGCUCUCCAGCUCCCAGCUCUCCUUCAGCAGCACUGUGGCUCCGCCUACUCUGCCAGGCCCAGAGCGCUUCUGCCCGGCGAGCCUCUUGGAGAACUCUGGGCACAGAGUGGGCCAGCGGGCUGGCCUCAGCCAGGGCAGUGGACUACACUAUGAGAGCCACUUUGGCAAGUGGAGUUUUUCAGGCAGGAAGGGCUUUCACGGACCAGCUGCAGUGGAGGGGGAAGGAGGAACAGUACAGACCAUACGCACACAGCCUACUCCUCCUGCAACCCUACAAGAGGUCAGUCCAACACAAGAUCCUCUUGGAGCCACUCAAACGAUGGAUCCAACCCUGCUGACUGCAGGGGACCCCCCCACCCCCCGAGAGGAAUCCACAGAGCUGCCUUUACUUGAGCACCUGCGCUGAGUCUGCACUGGGAGACCCCGAGUGACAUUCUCUGCAGUGAAAGCACACCGCGGUUGAAUCUGGACCGGGCCUGGCCCGCCCAGACCGGACUCAUUCCAGCCUUCGGCACUCAUUCCAUCAACCUUGGUUUAAAUGACUCGGUGCAACCGCUAUUAGUAAAUCCUCUAAUGGCCCACUGCAAUACUGGAUAGAUUUUGUUACAUACACAUCACCCCUCUCCUUCUCAGCCAAAGGAGUUAUAGAAUGCAGAGCUGAUGCAGGUCAGAUUAUGAAAUGAUUUCAGCCAAAGUCAACUUUCAUCAAUACUAAUAAGGCCUGAUGAUAUACUCGUUCUUAACUUUUUUUUUGUUUUUGUUUUUGUUUUGUUUUUUCUCUCUCCAGACAAAGGCACUCAGUGUCUCUAUGGACAACCUUUUGGUUGUUACAGUAGUGACAGGCCAGAAAGGCCAGUGCAAUCAUAAGGGAUAUUUUGCUUGAGGAUUGUUUAUUUUUCUAUACUGGAGAAUAGAGGAUCACCUCUGACUUUCUCUCACUUGACAUCUGCACCAGCAGGGUUUUUUGUUUUUUUUUGCAUAACCAAUCCGAAAAAAAAUAAACAUCAGUAUGUGUCUGUAUGUGCAGGUGAAGGACAUGUGGAAACCAUGAUAAGCCUUGUUUUGUUUUUGCCCUUCCCUCUACAGUCGCGUGUCAAAUAUUUAUCAGUACAUAUUGAACAAUUUCAGGAUCCUCCACGUCUUCUCCCCUGCACAUUACACACAUUCAACAAGGAAAAAAAAAACAAAACAAACACGUCCCACCAAAAUGUCAUCUUUGUCCUCUGGCCUAUUUCCUACGGAGGUGCCUGACAACAUCAACGCUCAACAUUUCUGUCUUGGAGCAAGUUUCAGGGAAAAAAAAACUCCCUUCCAUCCCAGCCAACAUGUGGUGCUUUUACCGCUAGUUUACAGUCUAUUUAGGCCUGGACACGAGUCCUGAAUCUGACUAGCAAGACAGAGAUCUGGGAUGACUUCGGACAUAGCUGGUGCCCAUGGAUCAGGAUCAAGCGGAGGGUGAUUCCAAUCUGUGAAAAUGUGUUGAUCACAAACUUAAAAACUGAUAGUGUUA